GAUCCGCAGUGAUGUCACUCUGACAUCAUCAAACGAUCAAACAUCAAACCGCGAUGAGACGUAAACAGAGUCGCUUCAGCCCCAUUUACUGUAUGCUUCAGUUCUUGCGGGGGAACCGCGUUUUUGUUUCGCUAAGGGCUUAGUCGCGGACGUACUCGAAAUUUAUGGCUACAUUUCUGAAUGAGUCCGAAUUCGGUGCGCAAUUUACACCAGUUUUUUCCGUUCUAUGACGUCAGAGGAAGUGCCCUUGUAGCAGGCUGCAGGCUGGCGGCCCGAGAUUCCUAUUGGGCUUAAUUACUCGAAUAUUCACUCCAAUUUCUAUUUGAGUUGGAACAAUUGCCCAGCAGCCAGCUCGGGAUCUCAGACCUGCAGCAGUGCUUCAUGUCUAGUAGGAGGACCUGGAAUCGAAAGGAACCUGCUUGCUUGCCUUCUCUGAUCACCAUGAGACGGAGAGCACUCCAGCACCUCUGACAAAAGUGGAUGUAUUAGCGGUUUUACCUACCGUACUCUCAUCAUCGUUGAGUUAGUAAGGUUAUAGUGCGACCAGCCCCUCGUGGCGUACAUACCUGUGUGACGGACGGACUGACGGAUCAACGCUGAAUCGUCCACGCGUGGAUGGGUCGCGCCGCCGAGUGUGACUUCCGCCACGACGCCCGCCCACAGCGCCCGGAGGCUGCCACACCAUGGGUCGGAAGAAGAUCCAGAUCUCGAGGAUCACGGACGAGCGGAACCGGCAGGUGACGUUCAACAAGCGGAAGUUCGGCGUCAUGAAGAAGGCGUACGAGCUGAGCGUGCUCUGCGACUGCGAGAUCGCCCUCAUCAUCUUCAGCUCGUCCAACAAGUUGUACCAGUACGCCUCCACCGACAUGGACAAGGUGCUGCUCAAGUACACCGAGUACAACGAGCCGCAUGAGUCGCUCACCAACAAGAACAUAAUCGAGGCGCUGAACAAGAAGGAGCACAAGAACGGCGCGUGCAGCCCGGACAGCCCCGAGGCGGACUCGGAGUACACGCUCACGCCGCGCACCGAGGCCAAGUACUCCAAGAUCGACGAGGAGUUCCAGAUGAUGAUGCAGCGGAGUAGUCAGAUCAACGGAGGAUCCAGGGUGCCCAUGGCGCAGUCGAGCUACACGCUGCCCGUGUCCGUGCCCGUGAGCUACGGCGAGGCCGGCCUGCUGCAGGCCAGCCCGCAGAUGGCCCACACCGUCAGCCCCCGCCCCUCCUCCUCGGAGACGGACUCAGUGUACGCGGCCGGUGGCAUGCUGGAGAUGAGCAACGGCUACCCCAACUCGUCGAGCCCGCUGGGCGAGUCGCCGCCGCCGCCGGGCGCCUCGCCGGGCAAGGGCGGCGGUCGGCACUCGCCCCGCAGCCUGCGCGUCCUCAUCCCCAGCCAGGGCCCGCUCGAGGCGGACGACGUGGCGGCCGACUCGUGCCACUCCAACGGCGACAGGCUCUUCGACGAGCGCCUGCCGCGCGGCCUGCACUACGGCGGGCAGGGCGGCUCCGGCCCGGCCCCCUCCUCACACCGCGGCGCGCAACACUUGCAGGCGCCGUCCAUCGCCGGCAUGUCGGGCUACGCGUCGUCGCUGGGGCCCUUCGGCGCGCAGGACUUCAGCAUGGGCGCCGACAUGGGGCUGGGCAGCACGCUGGGCUGGCCGCACCACCACUCGCACUGCAGCUCGGUGCCGCAGGUCGCCGUGUCAAGCAGCACGCCGCCGCGCUGCCACUCUCCGCUGCCGCUGCGCAUCAAGAGCGAGCCCAUCUCACCGCCGCGCGACCAGCGGGACCUGAGGGACCAGCACCGGGACCCCCGGGACCGCGACCCCGGCGGCAGCCUGGCGGCCGGGUCGUCAGCGUCCUCGCUCGGGGCGCCCGGCCCGGGACCGCUCACCGUGGCCGUGCCCGUCCAGCAGCCGCACAUCCAGACGCUGUCGAUAUCCGGGAUGGGCGGCGGGGGCGGGCACGUGGUGCUGCCGCUGCAGCCGCUCGGCCACUCGCUCAGCCACGGGCACGCCCACGCCGCGCCCAGGCCGAGCUCGUCGGGACACCUCACCCCCUGCGGCACGCCCACGCCCACGGCAGGAUCAAUAACACCCACCAAUAUCGCUUCCCCGGGCGACUCGAGACACACAGACUACGACGCCGGACCCCUGCAGAAGCGGUCGCGCAUGGCGGAGGGUUGGACGUCAUAGUAUGAGGCCCCUUGGCUGUGGGCGCAGCAGCACUGCCCCGCAGGCCAAGGCUUCGAACUCCACGAAGUGCACGGGGUCAAGUGAAAGUAGUACAAAAAAGCUGCGCUCGCGCACGGUUGGGGGCUCUGGACGUGGCCCCCGAGCUGCGCAGCGUGACAGUGCCGCGUGUGCUGCUCCAGAGAGAGAAAAAGAGAGGAAGUCUGCCCGCCCAGACUCGGAGACUCUACUAAGUGAGAGAAGAAAAGUGUAGCAGAAUGCCGAAGGGACCGUAUAACAAGUCUUCGUACAACAUGAUAUUUCGUGCCCGUUUCAAAUUCGGGUGCCUGAACAUUACUAGUUAUAAUGGAGACCCAAAGUGUGUACUUAAAGAGUCAUAGAUAAGUAAGAUGUUUUAGGUAUGAUUAUUUGUGAGUGAGGCUAAAUAUUGUGAUUUUCUUUCCUGUAUGUGAGUGUUUUUGUUUGUUUUAAACCUUUGUAUGUGUGUGUGGACUAUUUUUUUCUACCUUUACAAGAAAGGUAUUUUUUCUUUCAUACAGAAUUUUAUUUACUUGUUUGUAUCUCUUCAAUCAUGUACUGUGAAAUUUCUACUAUAGAAUGCUACCUACAUGUAUGAAUUCUUAUAUCAUAUAUCAUCAUAAUAUUUUAAAAGUUAGCAGAAUUUCUGAAGGGUUUCUGUUUUGUUUUAUUGCAAUGAUUUGUAUUUAAAGUAAAACCAAAUAUUAGAUGUGCAAAUGACUCUUUUGUGAUGUUGUAGGAAUUUGUAAUAUGUGAAUUGAUUUCGGUGCCAUACCCAAUCUUGUCUGAGUACGUAAGUCAGUUGUUGAGUAACAUAUGUUCAUAAGCCUUGUUAAAUAGUUUGUGUAUAAAAGAGUGAUUCUUCUGGUUUUGUUGUCAUGUUUGGAAUCUUUUUUUUUUUGUUUCUUAAAAUUGUUUGAAUUGUUAUUUAUAAUGAAGAAUCUUUAUUAGAAACAAAGGGGGAGGGGUUUCAAUACUACUACGAUCAGUUUUCAAUGUAGGCUGUGUUUAAUUCCUAUUCUGUCAGAGUAGAUGUAAAUAAUGUUGGGAGGGUGUCAAGUAAGAUGUGUCAUUGUUCUAAAGUUUAUAACUCACAUAGUCAUGGUUCAUUUGUUCUCAGAAAUAGAACACCGCUCAGCAACCUGCCUGUUCGAAUGAAAUUGAAAGAUUUGGUCUUAAUUUUAAAGAAGCACAGAAGUGUUAAGCAUAGACUAGGGGGCAUAACACGACAGUACUGUUUACAUAUACGUACAGAAGAGCAUUAAAACUGUAGGUGGUUUGACUUCUAAGAGAAAUCUUCCUGUAUUAGUUGCUCAAUUGCAGAUUUAUAUUCAUUUCUUUGACUCCAAUGGCUGCUUUCUUUUUCACUAGCCUUGUCCUUUCCUAGGCAGCAGUGCCAUUGUUAGUUAUUAUUAUCUAGUAUGUUAUUGUUAUCGACAUCUAUCGAACUUGCCUGGUAUCAGUUUUCUCCUCAUCCACGUGCCAUCACAUGCCAUAUUUUCAGUCUUCACUUCCCAUCCCGAACGCUUACCUGUAUAAUAUUAAGGUAUUAUCUAAUUAAAAGAAAAAACCUUCCUUUC